UUCAUAAUAAGAAGAGUUUAUAGUGAGGUUAUAUUUACAUUAAUAUUAAAAGUAAAAUAGUUUUAUUUGCCGAAAGGUUUAAAAUUGAGGGAAUAUAAAGAUCAUGGUUAACCAAAAGUAUAAUUGAAAAUAAGUGUUUGCAUAUAAAUAUCUGUAUUUACUCUUAGAAAAUGAAAUUGUAUUGUUUAAGUAACGAUCCCAAUAAACCAUGUCAUAUACUAACUUUUCGGGAAAUAACCAUGAUGUUAGACUGUGGUCUUUCAAUGCAGUCGUUAUUGAAUUUCCUACCACUAUCUUUUGUGCCUUCAAAUAAAUUAAGCAAUUUGCCAAACUGGAUGCCAAGUGACACAACAGAUCCUGAUCUGGAAGGUGAAUUAAAAGAAAAUGGCGAUAGAGUAUUUGUUGAUUCACCUCCAGAAUUCUGUCCCCCAUUGGAUAAAUUGAUAGACUUUUCCCAAGUUGAUGUUAUAUUAAUUUCAAACUAUUUGUGUAUGAUGGCUCUACCCUUCAUAACAGAAGGAACAGGGUUUAAAGGAAGAGUCUACGCCACCGAACCAACACUACAGUUUGGAAGGUUACUUUUAGAAGAAUUAGUCAUUUAUAUUGAACAGUGUCCAAAAUCCAGUUUUGCUACUCAAUGGAAGAGUUUUGUACAUAAAUGUCCUUAUCCGUUGAAUGAAGCCUUUAAACCGAAAUCUUGGAAACAAAUUUAUAAUAUGAAAAAUGUCAAUGCUAGUUUGUCUAGAAUACAAAUGGUUGGCUAUAAUGAAAAAAUUGAUGUGUAUGGUACUCUAACAGUUAUUCCAGCCAGUUCAGGAUUAUGUUUGGGUUCUGCUAAUUGGGUAAUACGUACAGAGCAUGAAAAAAUUGUGUAUUUAAGUGGAUCAAGUACCUUAACUACGCAUCCAAGACCUAUGGAUCACCAAUCCCUAAAAAAUGCUGAUGUCCUCAUAAUGACUGAUCUUACACAAACACCAAUUAGCAAUCCAGAUUCCAUGUUAGGUGUACUUUGUGUAGUUGUUGGUUUGACUUUACGAGGUGGUGGAAAUGUUUUAAUACCUUGUUACCCAACUGGAGUGGUGUAUGAUUUGUUCGAAUGCCUUUCUAGUAAAAUGCUAGACGUAGGAUUGUCCAACUGUCCCAUGUUUUUUGUAUCUCCUGUGGCAGAUAUAUCUUUGGCAUAUUCAAAUAUUCUUGCCGAAUGGUUAUCAUCUGUCAAGCAAAACAAAGUAUAUGUUCCGGACGAACCUUUUCCUCACGCACUAUUAAUGAAGACUAACAAACUAAAACAUUUUAAACAUAUAUUUUCUGAUGGAUUUAGUACGGACUUUCAAGAACCUUGUAUAGUUUUUUGUGGCCAUCCAAGCUUAAGAUUUGGAGAUGUAGUUCAGUUUAUAGAGCUAUGGGGCAAUAAUCCUAGAAAUUGUAUAAUAUUUACAGAACCCGACUUCGAUUAUAUCGAAGCUCUAGCACCUUAUCAACCGUUGCAAAUAAAAGUUGCUCACUGUGCGAUUGAUACAUCCCUGAAUUUUACCCAAGCCAAUAAACUCAUCAAAGAUCUAAAACCUAAAACACUUGUAGUGCCGGAAUGUUACACUCUGCCUCCAGUUAGCGCGCCAAAUUUAACAGAAUUGGUUAUUGGACACCACACUGAAAGUUCUGUAAUACCUUAUAAAUGGGGGGAGGUGAUAAACUUACCCCUCAAACGAAAACAAGGUCAAGUAUUUAUCGAUACUAACGUAGCCCAACAAAUUCUACCUGUUGAAAUAAAGCCUGGAAUUAGUUUGUCAACGGUAACUGGUUCUCUUAAUGUGAAAGACAAUGUUCAUAAUAUACAAGAAAUGACUAGCGAUAUUUUACCUAAUCAAGUGGUGAAAUACGAAUGGGGUUCAUUAAACAUCACUGAAUUUCUACAAAAACUUUCCCAAGAAGGAGUUACGGAUGCUAAAGUUGAAUCUUUAGGAGGAAAUGUAAUCGUAAUUCACUUGCAAGAUGAAGAUGCACUCAUCCAAUUAGAAGAUAAUAGCACACACGUCGUAUGUAACGCCGAUGAAAAUCUUAGGACUAAGUUACGCAACAUAGUAAUGCAAUGCUUAAAAAAAUUUUAAAUAUUUAUUUACAUUUGUAUUUUUUUUAAUAAAAUAAAAAACUCCAGUGUCCUAAA